CAUUGAUCGAACCUGAUGCAAUUAGUUUGGUUAUCUGCCAAGCUCUAGGGCACAGACAGCCUCUUACAUUAGUCGAUUGAACUUGGGCUUCAGUUUUGCGUCGUUCUUGAGAUUGUUUUCAAGGAUAUCUAAAUACAGCGUAAUACAAUAUGGCGACCGUUCGUGGAGAUUUUGUGUUUACGGAAGAAGAGGAGAAACAAGCGGCCGAGAAAUUGAAGGAUGCCAUGGAUGGAUUGGGCACAAACGAGGAGGCGAUUGUCGAGGUUCUCGUCAACCAUAACAACGAACAGCGCCAGAAGAUCAAAGGAGCAUAUGCUGCGGCAUAUGGCAAGCCCCUGGUGGACGACCUUAUCUCGGAAUUGACGGGCGACCUAGAAGAGACAAUUGUUGCCCUCAUGAUGACGCCGCGGGAGCUGGACGCCAAGCUUCUCCAUGACGCUAUCUCGGGCAUUGGCACUGAGGAAACUAUGCUGAUCGGCGUCUUGUGCACCAAAACCAAUGACGAAAUUGAUGCGAUUAAGGAGGCUUACAAGAAAUUGUACGACGCGGAUCUGAAUGAAGAAAUUCAGAGCGACACAAGCGGCUACUUCCGCCGUCUCAUGUUCUCGCUGGUUUCCGGCAAGCGGCAGGAGGGAAUGGCGGAUUACGAUCGUGCCCAUGAGGAGGCGCAGAAACUCAUAGAUGCUGGUGUGAACCAGCUCGGCACCGACGAGUGUGACUUUAACGCGGUGCUGUGUCUGAGCAGCCAUGAGCAGCUGCAGUGCGUCUUCCAGAAAUACGAGGAGUUGCGGGAGGGCUGCACAAUCGAGGAUGACAUCAAGUCUGAGGUCGGCUCUGAUUUGCAACAGGGAUACCUCAGUAUUGUGAAGGUGGCCCGGAAUAGGCACGAGUUUUUCGCCGACUGGCUGUACAACGCUACAACAGGCGUGUGGGGAACGGAGGACAGCGAGUUGAUAGGAAUCGUCGUAUCAAGAUCGGAGGUGGAUCUGGAGUACAUCAAGUCCGUCUUCGAACAAAAAUAUGAAAAAACUUUAUACGAGACUGUGGAUGGCGAAUGUAGCGGCUACUACAAACGGUGUCUACUUUCCCUUAUUGUCGGCAAAUAUGUCGCACCCGAGUAACUCGUGAGGAAAAUAAUAUAGCCACGUCCAGCAAUUCAGACCCUCUGAAAUACACGUUUCAAUUCCAAUGUACGGACGGGAAGUACACACAUAUAUGUGAAAAAAACUGUAUUAAAUUAUCCUACGCAAUACUCUAGUUUAUCAAAUAUAUUCUACAAUAAUUGCUGCCUUUCAAAACGGGAUCCCAAACCCUGUAGUUCUUGGGUCUAUUGACGAGCACGUAAGCUCUCUGUCACAGUUCUUGUUCUUUUACACUAGAAGGCAAUGCUUCUAUACACCGGUAGUUCUGUUGUUGAGUAUGCAAAUAAAUUUCUACCUAUUAUAA